AUGGGCUUCGCAAUUACUAUCCAGUCAAACUAUUUAUUUAUUCAUUCACAAUUUGACUGGCAUAGAGACUCUGAUUAUUACCAGGAUUUGGAGGACCGGAUGGAACCCACUGUUGCUUGUUGGACUUGUCUUGAUAAUGUGGCUGAAUCAAAUGGGACAGUAGAACUGGUUGAUUUUAAAGGACAACCGUAUGUGUUUGAGGCUACUGCAGGUAGUAUAUUGUUCAUGUCCAAUCGACUGCUACAUAAAAGUACCGGGAAUGCCACUUCGAAGUUCAGAAGGGCAUUUAUGCCUCAGUAUUCCAAACAACCCAUGAUGAAGUCAAACCAAUGCUUGGCUAUCCAAUGUGAUUCAGUUUGUUUGUCCUACCUUCAUCUCUCACGAGAAAAGCUGCCGGAAUUCACCUGA